AGAUUCGAGAGUCGAACGCUCGCAGCAGUAUCUCAUUGUAUUUAUAUUCUAAACUAAUAAUCGCACCGUUGGGUCUACACUCAAGCUAACGCGAUCUAUCGUUAUAUACUUUUUUCUCUGCUUCUUAUUUCCUCUUUAACCGUCCACACGCGCACACAGUCUCUCCUCCUCUAUAAAGUGUUGCGGUUUGCAAUAGCUGGUCCCCCUUCAACGUUAUCUUAUCUUUUUCCUUUUCUACAUUGUACUAUUCUGUUUCCACCGAGGCGUCAUGGGGACUUCUGACACCGCUGAGCGGAGCUACUUCGCAGCGAUUUCGCACAAGGAUUUAAACCUCAUGAAGGAGCUGCUGGCGGCGCACUACAACGUCAACGUCGUGUCGCCGGACCCGGCGCUGUACCAUCGCACCCCGCUGCACCUGUGUGUCUGGGACAACUUCAUUGAGGGCGCCAAGCUGCUGCUCGACGCCGGGGCGGACGUGAACCUGCUCGAUGACCUCCACGACUCGCCCUUUCUCCUCGCGGGGGCGGAGGGCCGCCUGGAGAUCAUGCAGCACCUCUUCCGCAACGCGGAGCGGACGAUGAAGUACGGCGGUCAGGCGAGCCGUCGCAUGAAGACGAGUGUGCCGGACCACGCCGUGGUGAACCGGUUUGGCGGGUCCGCGCUGAUCCCGGCGUGCGAGCGCGGGCACGUGGAGAUGGUGCGCCUGCUCGUGUCGAAGGGGGUCGACGUGAACCACUACAACUACUACCACUGGACCGGGUUGUUAGAGGCAAUCGAGCUCGGCGGCGACGACCGUGAGCACGUGGAGAUCGUAAAGAUUCUGAUUGAGGGUGGAGUGAACGUAAACCAGGUCGACGAGCACGGGAAGACGCCGUUGUACCUGGCGCGCAAGCGGAGGUACAAGCGCAUUGCGGCGCUGCUGGAGGCCGCCGGCGCCCAUGAGUAG